AUGAGCAACGCAAGGCGAUUCUCGCAGGGAGUGCCGUCAAGAUGCUGGUGUGGGAGAGGGGUUGUGAUAUUCUAUUCCAGAACGGAUGAGAAUCCGUUCCGGCGGUUCUAUAGAUGCGAAAUAGGAGCACAGCGGAAGAAGGAAAAUCAUUUAUUUAAGUGGGUUGAUGAAGCUUUGCUUGAUGAGAUUCGAAGGCUAGAUGCUCAGCAAUUGGAAAUUACACAAGAGAUUGAAGAUCUCAAAAAGAGUUUGCAAAGUACAGUUGAAAAAGAAGUUAAGAAGCAGAAGAAUUCACUUGAGUUAGGUUGUUUAGGAAGCAUUUUAUGGCUGUUUGGUAGAUUGGGAUGCCAGGAAUGA